AUGAUUGCCGUGCUGGAGAGGAAUGGGACUCUGAAAAUUGCCAAUGUCGGGGAUUGCGGAUUAAGGGUUAUUCGUGAAGGUAAAAUUAAUUUUUCCACAUCUCCACAAGAACACUAUUUCGAUUGUCCAUACCAACUUUAUUCGGAGAUCGUUGGCCAAACGUACCAUGAUGCGAUGGUUUCCAAUGUUGAGCUGAUGGAAGGAGACACCGUAGUCAUGGGCUCCGACGGAUUUUUUGACAACGUUUUGCACCAUGAAAUAGUUUCGAUAGUGGCCGGAUACAGAGACGUUGCUGAGGCCGCAAAGGCAUUAGCUAAUUGGGCAAACAAUCAUUCACUGGAUUCAAACUUUGAUUCUCCCUACUCCAUGGAGGCUAGAUCAAGGGGUUUCGAGCCUCCUUUAUGGAAGAAGAUUCUCGGAAUGAAGCUUACAGGCACGACCUAUCUCGGUUUAUACUAUGACGAUAAGGACCUCAAUCUUCGAUGUCAUGACGGACCUGAGUUUUCUGUUGUGCAGGUGGAAAGCCGGAUGAUAUCACUCUGAUUGUUGAUCAGGUUGUAAGCUUAUGAAGCAUUUUUGGUCUCCUCCUAGAGAUUGAAACUUCAAAUACAAACUUUCCCUUUUCCUGGUUUCGUCGAUUUUCAUCUGUUAUUUUUAUGGUCUUGUAACAGUGAAAGAUCCACGGAAACUUACAGCAAAGUGAAACUUUUGCCCAUUAAAAUUGGGACCCGGCUUCUCUGCCCUCCCAGUUCCCAUACAAUCACAUCCCCUCCUAUU